AUGACGCUGUAUGAGGCUUUAUAUGGCCAAAAGUGCAGGUCACUUAUCGGUUGGUUUGAUGUUGGCGAAACACAACUAAUGGGUCCAGAUAUAGUCCAACAAGAAGUGGAAAAAGGCAAGGUUGCCUACGAAUUAGACUUACCAGCAGACCUAGAAGCAGUACAUCCAGUUUUCCAUGUAUCGAUGCUUCGCAGAUGUGUAGGUGACCCAUCCCGAGUGUAUUCCGUGAAUGACAUCCAGGUUACUGAAGAACUAGACUACGAAGAACAUCCAGUCGCCAUCUUGGAUCGGCAGAUUAGGAGAUUGCAAACUAAAGACGUAGCCUCGGUUAAGGUGCUGUGGCGGAAUAGAAAUCGGGAGGAAAUGACCUAG